GACGCGGUUGAGCUUCCGAGUAUCACAUUUGUUUAUGGCAUUCACUUGACGUUUUCAUAUUUGGUUCAAGUUUCCUGUCAUUUGGAAGGUGCACAGGGUUUUCCCUGAACUCAGUAGUGAUGUCCUCCAGGAGGUCCAGCUCCAGUGGGGAUGACGGGUUCUCUAGCAGACUGGGAGAGCGCACCCCUUUGAGAAGUGUGGAGAAUGAAGUAGUUCAUCUUGGAUUUCCAUUAUCCAACAUCAAAUCCAAGUCACUCUUUAACAGUGAUUUGAAAACAACAAAGGAUGGUGGUGCAUUCUGUGACCCUGAAUCACACAUAUAUUCUCCAUCAAAACCACUGUUUAGAACUCCCACCAAUCAUACAACUGUUACAGAGGCAGGUCAUGGACUUGGUGAUCUAACAUUGAAAUCCUUCAUCUGUGCCGGUGGUGAAGUUGAGAUUUUCAGCUCUUCAGUAUGCGCAGAGGAGAGUAUGAUUUUGCCCAUGGAUCAGCCUGCGAGUAUCACUUGUGGAGCAGGAGACACAGUGAUUUCUGACAGUAUGAUAGUGUCGUCAUGCAGUGACCACAUAGAACAUCCCUAUUACAACGCUGGGAUGGAAGAUUCUUCAACAGGAGACAGUGAUGCAGCAUGUCACUGUGAAAAUUCGAGCACUGCAUUGGCAUCUGAGGACUUGGAUAUUAUUAAAAAUGACUCUCAUGAUGACCCCUUGGCAGAACAGAAUGUCACAUGGAAGUCCUUUGUCUGUGAUGGGGGAGAAGUGGAGAUUUCAGAUGAGUCAAGGCUCAAAGAUGAGACUGUUCCUCUGCCUCAGUCAGGGCAAGAUGAACAUCAACCAGACCAGAGUGUAGAUUUAAGUAGUUUAACCGAUGUUCCAGGCCACUUGUCUCAAGAAGAACAUGCAGACCAUCCCUACUGCAUCACAGAAAUUAGUGUUUCUCCAGUCACUGCUAACUUCACUACCUUGUCUGAGACUCCACAGGACAAGACUCCUACUGGAUUGAGUGAUAUCACUUUCAAAUUGUUUAACUGUACCGGAGGUGAGAUUGAAAUUUUAGACACCACCAAACACACAGACAUGACGGUUCCUCUACCAGCUGACCAAAAUGCAACCUACAAUGAAUCAGACAUCCCUGAUGUAAAUCCAAGCUUUUUAGCUGGUGACCAAGAUGUACAAAACCGUAAUGAUCAUUCAGAUCACCCAUACUGUGCUAGUGCUUCGACAACUUCAAGAGGCAGCCUUGAUGUAAUGUAUGAGACAGAGCAGAAUAGCUUUGUACAUGAAUGUCAGACUGACAGAGACAUCGGUGUCGCAAUCAGCACUUCAACCAUUGCUUAUGUUGGGACCGAACAAUCUAAUGGGAACAACUUGUCAGAGAUUUCCCCUUUGCCUGAGGGCAAGAGAGAGGCCUACCAACCCGUGGACCCUUUGGAUAGCAAUGCUGUAUCACAGGGCAUGACACCAGAACACACCCAAGAUAUGUGUGAAAAACAUAAUAGUGUUGAAAUUGCUGAUGCUGUGGUAAAUGAAGACCCACCCACUGUCACUGCAUCUUUAGAGUCUCUGCAGAAUGAAUUUAUUAACUGUCAAGAUACACCAAGAAAAGAAUUGAUGCAUCCUGAGGACACCACCCUGCCUUCAUUGCAUCAGUCUUUCUCAGCAGGGAUGCCCACACCUGUUGAAGUGCAGCAGCAUGUAGAGAGAAGUUCUACAGAUGUCCACCCCAGCGGCGGACCUUGUGUAUCUGUUGAAGCAAAAGACAGUGCCCUUGGCUCAUCUAGUAAUGGACAAGGUCUUUGUACCUCUGCAGAAAAACCUCAAGCAGAAACCCUCCCAGAUGUUUUAAAUGUACUUUCAAAAUGUCCCUCAGUAGUAUCAGCUUUGCAGUUUGGCCUCCUCAGUCCAGCUGUCAGAAGAGCCUCUCUAGCUUUCCUAAAGGCUCAUGGGGCUCCUGCUCUUGAUCCGUUUUUUAUCGAUGAUUCUGCUCUUGAAGGGGAUAAGUCUAUGGUGGCUCCAGUUAAUGUCGACCCCACUGGAUUAUUGUCGGAAUUCAUGGAGAGUUCCAUGCCUUGUCCUCUGUUUAACUCCACAGCUGUGGGUCACACACAGCCUGACCCACUUACAAAACCAACUGAUCAUUUGGAUGUGAGAUCUAGUGCAGUGCCUCAGUCUGAGGUCAACAAGCCAAGUCUGGAUGCCCCUUUUAUUCCUGGUGGUCCCUUGCAGCAACAGCUUCGACAAAUGGCAGAGUUUCUGCUUUUAGCCUCAGGAAAAAUGGACCCCACUGCUGUCUCUGCUCCUGUUCCACCUCCUGUGGCCACUAUGGUUCCAUCAACAAGAGCAGAAUCCCACAAUGCCUGUGUGGGCACAACCCCGCUGAAACAGGACAACCACAGUGUCAAUACAUCUGGCCAGUUUGAGAGAAAGAGGGAUUUCACUGUAGAAGAUGAAUGCACUCUUACUGACCCUCUCCUGUGGAAUGUUCCUCCAGGCAGCCUAGAGUGUCUUCCUAGACAAGAACUGGAGCAGAGGUUACACUCUAGUAUGAUUAUGGUGGAAGUUCUGGUGCAGCAGCUGGCAGCAGCCAGAGCUCAUGGAUGUACCCCUGCAGGUCCUGCACCUUCAAACCUCAGGGAAAAGUUAGUGCAGACGGAACACACUGAACUCAGUCAGACCACAAUGUACAGAGAUCUUUACAUGGAGGCACUGAACAGGAUUGAUGAUUUAGAGAUGGAUGAAAGCUCUCUACAAAACCUCAUUCACUGUAUGCAGGAUAUGAAGACUACCACGACUUCUUUGAGCAGUAACACAGAUGCUGCUCUUUGUAAAAUGAAGCUAAUAGAAGACACUGUGAGAGACGACCAUCAAAGCCUGGUUUCUCACUAUCAGCAGAUGAAGUCACUAUUUGCAAAAUCCAAGGAGACUCAUGUGAGGAUGGUGCAGAAGGUUAAAGAUGCUCUUCAGCAGAGAGACAACAUGCAGAUUCAGAUGGAGGAAGCUUUCACAGCCAAGGAGGCCGCCUUCAGUGCAAUGGACCAGCUGAGGACCCACUGUGCCACAGAAAUCUCAGAGCUGGAGAGAAGUGUGGGUUCACAACAACAACUAUUAUCUGCUCUACACCAGACCUACCCUGAACAGGUUGCAUUAAAUAAGGCAUAUUCUGAAACCCUGAACUCCGCCUCGGAACUUUUGUCCAAAACCACAGAGGAACAGUCAAGAUUAAUGACAGACCUCUGCACAGUUAGAGGCCUUGUACAGAAAACUGCUCCUCUUCUUCUGACGCUGAACGAGAAGGCAGCUGCUGCUCUUAGAGAGAGGGACGAGCAUAUCGCAGCACUAGAUCAAGCUGUUGAAGAGAGACAGCAGAUUGAAGAGGAGUUUAACCAGGCUAACUUGGAUCUUCAAGCAGCCAGAGAACAGAUUGGAGAUUUAAAUCUGCAAGUGACAAUUCUGACCUCGGAGAUGGGUGUGCUGCGUCAGAAACUAACAGAAGGAGAAGAAGAGCGGGCUCAGCUGGAGAGACAAGUGACAGAGUUGUCUGCCACAGUUUCAUCCACUUUGGCCUCCUACACAUUCUUGGAACAGGCCCUUGCUGCAGAGACUACAAAGUUGCAGCAGUCAUGGAAGGACAUACAGCAAGCCAAGGACAGGGCAGAUGAGUUGGAGACGUCGUUGAGCCAGUCACAGCAGCGUGUAUGUGAGCUGAGUCAGGCUCUGGCUCACAGUGAACAGCAGAUGGACCAACUGCAGACCCUGUCUCAGUCUCAGACCACUCAGAUCCAGCAGCUCCAGGAAGUUUGCACACAGCUUAGCGGCGUACGGGAGAUGAACGAGUUCUUACAGAUGGAAAAUGAGUUGGCGAGGGAACAGGUGGCUGAAAGUGAAUCUGUGCUCCGGGCCAAUCUGCAGGGACUGAGGGAAAGGAACAUCCAGUGUGAGGACCUAAAAGGAGAACUUAGUCAACUUCAACUUGAGAACAAGAGUUUGCAGGAGGAGCUGGAAAUCAUGAGGUCCAAAGUCAGUGCAACUGAGUCUGAGCACGGGGAGAACAUGGCUCAGGCGGUCACUGAAAUUACUUUACUCCAUCACACACUGCGAGGACUAACUAAUGACCUACAUGCACGUCUAAAUGAAAAGAAACAGGACAAACCGAAGGAUCCAGGUCAACUUGUCCACAACACAGAGCGUCGUCAUCCUUCAAGCUCCUUUGUCGACAGUGUAAUGGUCGCAUUAACAGCAGAAAAGGAGGAAGAUGUAAAAACUGAGGCGUCUGUACCAGUCCAAUCAGAUCCACCUGAGCCCGUCUGCGAAACUUUGUUCAGUGAGACGAGCGCCUUCACCCGCGUCGCAACCAUUGCUGCCAAAAAGACUUUGAAUGCAACUGAGUUUGAGCCAGAGGAGCAGAGCAGUGUGGCAGAGCUGCUGGUCGACCUCGGCAGCACUGUUACGGAGCUCGCCAGCACCCUGAUGUCAGCGCAGCAGCAUGAAGAUGCUCAACUGGAAGACCUGCACACCACCAUCUGUAACCUGCAGAGGGAGCAGCAGGCUGCAGAAGGCAGAUACCAGACUGAGGUGUUUGAGCUCAAGCAUCAGCUGAGCCGUCUGAACAGCCUGGUCGAGAGGGGCAACUUGGCACUCCAACAGAAAGCUCAGGAUGAAAAAACUGUGACAAAGUUGGUGACAGAAAUGAGUGAGAUCCAGGAAAUUCUAAAUAAAUACAAGACUGACAAUAACGAAUUGCGUAAGGAGGCACUGGAGCUCCGUCGUGCUCUCCAGCAGUCGCAGGUGGAGUCACAUUUCCUGCGAGAGGAGCUGAAGAAAGCUGGCGGCCAGUCGGCUAAGCCAGCACAUUUCAUGGAAGAGAAAAUCGAGUUAUUGAAGGAGGUGGAGAGGCUGAAGAUGAGCCUUCAGGAGGCGGAACAGGCCAGAGUUAAACUCCUUGAAAGAGCAAAAAGACACCAAAUCAUCCACCAGACCAACCAACAGAAAAGUGAGAAAGAGCUUCACAUGUUAAGCAAGGUGAUCAAUAAAGUCAGAGAGACUCUGCUGUCUUUGCCGGAGGUUGUGAAACAUUGUGAACAACUCCAACAGCUUGUUGAAUACAUCGGUUAAAAUGUUUAUAAUAGUCACCUGUGUUUGCUGUAUUUAUGCGUUUUCAGUUUUGAACUUCCUUCAAGUGUUCUUAUUUUAAAGAAUAAAUAAAAUUCUCCUUAGUUCUCUUCUC